GUCGCAAGUAAAUUUCCAGUUUAAGUUUUCUGUGGUUGUUUUCACAGGUUAGCAAAUGCUUUGUAAAGCAACUAGCUAAUCGUUUAGAGAGCAUUUCAUUAGAAUAGGAUGGCCAAUGUUGGUCGACUAUCUCCCAAUGGGGAUAAAGAGGAACAGUUUUUGGAGGACUACUUCACAUGUAUCAGUCGUUGUGAACACGACAAAGCCAAAGAACUAGCUGACAAAGAACGGGAUCUCUAUAAGGCAACCUUCGGUUCAUCAUGGGGUUUAUUUUUGUUGUCACUUUCACACUUUGCUGUAGCAGAAAAGAACUACAUGUCUCUUGGAUUUCUGGAGCAGAAAGGCUUCUUCACUAGAUCCAAAGAUACAUUGAAGAGCGGGUAUCAGUCACUGAUGCAUGACUUGAGACGAGUAGAAGAAGCUGUGAAGUCGGCAGAAGAACAGAGCUUUGGAAUGACUGCUAGCACGCUGGAAUUUGAGAAACUACUGGCACAUCUGUGUGAUCAGCUCUGUUUCUUCACACAGGCCAGACAAGAGACAAUCCAUUUUUAUGAACAGGUCCACAUCAUGGGAAUGACAAAACACAUAAAUUUUGAGGAUCUCAGCAUGGUAAUUGAAGAUAUCAUCUCGGUGCACAGCAAGAACUUUCAUCACCCGAUUCUGGCUCCUCUCAAAUCAGUGUUUGGAUAUGAAUGUGACAUUUUACAUCAUCUAUUGGUCGCCCAAACCACGAUGUCAGAAUGGCAGUUUCUUACAUCCCUUUUACACAUUCACGAAGCCCAUACCAAGCUCACUAGCUGGGGGGCGUUAAUUCAACUGAGAGAGACUAAGAAGUCGACCUUUGGGGGCUCUAGUAAGCAUGCCUCACCUCCCGCUCUCUACCCAUGGCUUAACAGAUUUAAAAAUCUCCUUCUGUCUAAAUUUAGUAUUUACUUCUAUGACAUAUUACAAAGACAGUCGUCUCCCCCAGAAAUGAAGUCUUUGAUUAGCAAAACACCAGAUGAUUUUGUAACAAGGAUACAGACAUUUCACAAGAAGACGGAUGCUUGCCAUGUAGCUCUGGUGCUGAACACUCAGGGUCUAGAUGGUGUCUAUCCUGGGGGAUACCAAUGCCCGGGUAGAAUAGUGGAGACCCCCCAAGGACUCAAUUCAUUUCCGACCAUUUUCUCUUACCCUGGGGAGAGGCCAGCCAAUCAUUUCCCUUCUGUGGUGAUGAUGCUUACGGAAGGGCGUGAGAGAGAGGAUCCAACAGCUUAUGCUCAGGACAAGAUACACUACCUGUACGACAAAGGCUCUCACUCCUCCUACUUCUACACACAGGUCGACGUCCGCAUCAGUCUGGUCGUCAUAUUCGAGAGCAAGAAAUCCGAAAAGGACUCGUACGUUAAUACAUUCAUGAACGACAUUGCCACACAUUUAAGAUGUACAAAAUUUUUCAUUUCACUGAAAGCAGGAUCUAAGUGAGAAUUGAAACAGAGGAGAAAAAGUUUAUUGUUUGUUACAAAAAUGUGCAAUAUUGUAAAUAAUAAAAUACUUUUAAUAAUCUA